AACCCCCAGACUGACUCAUACACCCAUGGGAGUUUGAAGUGACAGAAUAAAUCUACAGAGACGAGGCUCGGGAUAACAUUUCACAGAGCUGAGAGCAGACAGAGCUGCGCCUCAAGAGAGACUGGACUGACACACAUUGCAGCAGACACACAGAACAUCCACAUAAAGCAAAGUAGUUGGAAUCAUUGUCAUGUUGGGGGUGUUGCUGAUCCUGCAUGCCAUCUCAGGCGCCCAUUCCCACGGGCCGCCGGGUGGUGUUGUGCAGUGCCCGUCCGCGUGCCAGUGUGAGGAGGAUGGCAUCUUACUGCUGGUGGACUGCUCCGAACAAGGAUUAUCCUCCAUGCCGAGUGACCUGAGUCCUUUAACAUCCUACCUGGAUCUCAGCAUGAACAACAUCAGUGAGAUUCAGCCCGAUGCCUUCCACAACCUGCACUUCCUCAGUGAACUGAGGCUUUCAGGCAACCACCUGAGACACAUCCCUGGCUCCGCGCUUCAAGGCCUCUACAAUCUUAAAGUCCUGAUGUUGCAGAAUAACCAAUUGGAGACACUGCCCAGUGAAGACCCGUGGGAAUUACCUAAUUUGCUUUCUCUGCGUCUGGAUGCCAACCUGAUCAUGGACGUUCCUGCAAGGACCUUCUCGGGCAUGCGGUCCUUGCGGCACCUGUGGCUCGAUGACAACGCCCUGACGGAGAUCCCAGUGAGCGCGCUCAACGACCUCUCAUCGCUGCAGGCCAUGACCCUUGCCCUAAAUCGCAUCACCCAUAUCCCAGACUUCGCCUUUAGGAACCUCUCCAACCUGGUUGUGCUGCAUCUUCAUAACAACAUGAUCCAGACUCUUGGACAGAACAGCUUUGAGGGACUGCACAGCCUAGAGACUCUGGAACUGAAUUUCAACGACCUUCAAGAGUUCCCCAUGGCUAUUCGCACACUUGCCAAGCUUCAGGAACUGGGUUUCCACAACAACAACAUCAAGGCCAUUCCUGAGAGAGCGUUUGUCGGGAACCCACUUCUGCAGACCAUUCAUUUCUAUGAGAAUCCCAUUCAAUUUGUUGGCAGAUCAGCAUUCCAGUUCUUGCCAAAGUUACACACGCUCUCUUUGAACGGAGCCACCGAGAUCCGACAGUUUCCAGAUUUGAAAGGAACCACCAGCCUGCAAGUUCUCACGCUGACCCGAGCUGGACUGACCGGCCUGCCACAUGAUCUCUGCCACCUGGUGCCUAAAUUAAGAGUUCUCGAGCUGUCUCAUAACGUCAUCGAAGAGCUGCCGAGCUUUUACCACUGCGCCUCUCUACAGGAGAUAGGCCUGCAGCACAAUCUGAUCAGACGGAUUGAGAUGAACACAUUCCAACAACUCAACUCUCUGCGCUCUCUGGAUCUGAGUUGGAACAGAAUUGGAAUCAUCCACCCUGAUGCCUUUUCCUCUCUGCAGUCUCUUGUUAAACUGGACCUGACCGGGAACAGGUUAAGCAGUCUGCCACUAGCCGGAUUAUCCAGCCUCACACAUCUUAAACUGAAGAACAACAUGGCUCUCUCUCGUUCUUUCAGAGAGGAGGACUUCCCCAACAUAAGGGUCAUUGAGAUGCCAUAUGCAUAUCAGUGCUGUGUGUUUGGAGCAUGUAACAGCUACAGAACAGCCAGUCAAGGAGAAGAGCAGAUGGGUAGUGAUGAAGAAGACCUACAGAAGAAAGCCUCAUCUUUGUUCCCUAUUCACACAGACAACAACUAUGACCUGGACCUGGAGGAAUUCCAGUUGGCUAUUGAGGAGUCCAAACUACAAGCCAGUAUACAGUGCACCCCUAUCCCAGGUCCAUUUAAGCCAUGUGACAACCUGUUUGAUAGUUGGGUGGUACGCCUUGGGAUGUGGCUCAUCUCUCUGGUCUCGCUGAUGGGCAACAGUCUUCUCCUCGUGACGGUGUUUGCCUCCCCCAGCUAUCUCUCACCCGUCAAGUUUAUAAUCGGCAGCAUCAGUUGCACCAACCUGCUGACGGGCCUGUGCACCGGAACCCUUGCGCUAGUCGACGCUAGGACAUUCGGCGAGUUCGCCCUGCACGGUGCUCAAUGGGAAAUGGGCGCCGGUUGCCAGGCAACAGGCUUCCUUUCAGUGCUGGCAUCUGAGGGCUCCAUACUUUUCCUCACCCUAGCCGCGGUUCAGUGUAGCGUUUCAGUAUCUUGUGCCAGGGCCUACGGAAAGUCGCCUUCGCUGGGAAGUGUGCGAGCCGCAGCGGUAGCAUGUUUGGCACUUUCUCUGACAGUUGCUGCUUUGCCCCUAAUAGGGGUUGGGGAGUAUGGAGCAACCCCGCUGUGCAUGACGUCACCGCUGCCAGACGGAGAGCCGUCAACGCUUGGGUUCAUGGUUGCCUUGAUCAUGAUGAACUCCCUCUGCUUCUUGGUGAUCACUGGAACUUAUAUCAAAUUGUACUGGGAUCUGAUGAAGGGUGACUUUGACAGCAUUUGGGAUUGCGCAAUGGUCAAGCACGUGGCCUGGCUUAUCUUCACCAACUGCCUACUUUACUGCCCGGUGGCCUUCCUCACAUUCUCCUCCCUUCUGGGACUCUUUCCAGUGAGCGAGGAAGUUGUCAAAUCAGUCGUCCUGGUGCUUCUGCCUCUCCCGGCCAGCAUCAACCCUCUGCUCUACCUUCUCUUCAAUCCACACUUCCGUGAAGACGCACGUCUCCUCCUGAGCCGAGCUUGUCUACGCCACGACCGCAACCUGGAUUCCUUCGUGUCCGUUGACACGGAGAAGAGUUCGUAUGACUCCACUCAAGCCCUGGUGUCCUUUGUAACAGAAGCAGAUGCAGUAGUGCCGACCCAAGAGACAGUCACUCCAUUUUCUUGCCCACCAUCAGUGCCUGUCAUCCCGUGCCUGCUGCAGAUGAAACCCUCAACAGAGAGGGAGAGCGCUGGAGAAAACACGGUCAGGUCUACAGGAGGACUCAAUUCAAGAGAGCAGGAAUUUCUCAGAAAAAGUGGACUGGACACUCGUAAUGGAAAGGUCUUCUCGAGGGUCUGCCAUUCCCAAAUUCUCUCAUCUCAUUCUUAAGUCUUUUCCUGAGCUAUAAGGACUCUGUAAGUGCGAGAAAUUUUGAGCCCACGUAUGGACCUAGCCCUGAAACCAUUACAGCUAAUGAACAAUAAAAAAGGUUGAAUUGGGGCAAUAUAUACCUGUACUUACAUGACAUUCUGAAAAAAUAAAAGCUUAUUGUGGGCUAUAUAAUAAUUUAAGCAAAAAAACGACAUGCGCAAAAACAGCUUCACCUUGUUUUUUUUUUCUUUGUUUGUGUACAGAUUAGAGAUGAAUCUUUAAGGGAUGUUCUGGGAUUAAUGUACAUUGAGCUUUAUUGACAGUGUGGCAUGCUGUGAAUUUCCACAAAAACUCAUUUGAACUUGUCCCUCAGUUUGUGAAAGCGUUUUCACAAUAAUAAACUUACAACGGACCCUCGUGAGGCAAAGCAACUGAUGAAAACCUUUGAAUGAACACCUUUUUUAUAAGCAAUUUAAUAAAAAUGUCAAUUUUGCAUGGCACAAAGUAGUGAUGUGACACAACGAUCUAGUUGUUCACAUACUAGUGGAUGUGCCAUUUGUCAACAGCAUGCCACUGAUCCUGUCAAACUAGCUUUUAGGACCUGUGGCAUUGCUUUAUUUCAGGUAAUACCACAGGUAUGUUUGCUGAUGUAGUGGGUGUUUUGUAUCUAAAGAUUUCAAUGUGAAAAAUAUUUCUACAAACUCACUUGUAUGUACUCAAACUUUUAUGCAUUAAUUUCCAAGUGUAUAUGUAUCGAAAUCAUUUUUGCAAGUCGUCAAUUACUCUGGUCUGCCCUCUAGUGAAUGAGAACGUUUAGAAAAAAAAACCUAACAUCCCCAUGGCAAGAGAGAAAUAUUAGCCAAAUAAUGAAAACUCCAUUAUUUAUUUAUCCAUGCCAUUUUCUCAAUUUUAUAAUAAAAAACUGUAGGGUUUGUUAUCAAAACAGUUGUUUUUACUACAUAUGCAUUAUAUUCCAAAACAUCUUAAUUAUUGUAACAGAUAGUUCCAAUGUUUGUGCCUUUAAACUGGAUGUGUUGUUAUUCAGGAAGUGAGCUAUAAACCUGUCACUGCAGGAUACUCUUCAAACUCCUAAUUCAUGAAAACUGACCAUAUUUAGUUUAUGCCUGUUAGUGCUUAUUAUAGGAUUACUGAGAAUAUGGCACUGGCAUCGAUUUAUCUUGUAAAACCUCUUGCGAUAUAUGAAACAAUUUUCAGUGUUUUAUCCCCAAUAAUAAUUUUUUCAUUUAGCAAUAUUACAUAGACAUUGUGUUUUUACGCUAAGGGCCCAUAAAUAAGGAAGAGCAAUAAAAACAUGUCACUAUUAUAUAAAUGAAGAUAUAAAAAUAAUUUGUGAUUUGGUUGUACAAAAAAUGGGGUUCUUUUACAGAUUGUAAAGUAGGCUAGCUAUUGUAUUGUAAAAUAUAACUACCUCUGAUCUGGCAUGCUAUUACCUUUUUUAUCCUGAUUGAUUUCUAUUCCUUUUAUAUUAAUUGUAUAUUAAAAAUUUAUUAUUUUAUAUUGGAUUUUAAAGAUCUUUGUACA